CGGCACAUCACCUCGCCUCCUCCUGCCACCGCUCCGCCGGUUUCGCCUUCUUCAACCUCUCCCAGGCUCUAGAUCGACACAGGAAAGGGGGGCAGAACAGAACAUGGCGUCCAACUACGUGGACACCACCGGGGAGGAGGGAACCUUCCACGGCCCCGGCCACCACAGCAGCAGCACCACGCCCACCGGCUCCGCCGCCUCGCCCAGGACCACGCGGAGGAGGUGGCCCGGGUCGGCGUCCGCCCCCUCCGGCGCCACCCACGGGCCAGCCUACAAGUGCGUCUGCGCUCCGGCCACCCACCCGGGGUCGUUCAAGUGCCGCCUCCACCGCACCAGCCCUCAGGGUCCCUCUUCCCCGACCGCCGCCAACGCGGCGCCCUCCUCGUCCUCCCGCACCGUCGCGGCGCAGUGACGUCGCAACCCAGCCAGAGAUCAGAGGAAUCGACAGCAUAUACAUGUCACCGUAAUUAAGAAAGGGAGCUUAUUUGUUCCUCCCUUGAUCGAUGUAGCGGCGCCAUUAAAAAUAAUUCUUGUUUCAUCUCUCUUUUUCCCCAUCUUCUGAUGGGAUGCUGUUCACUCGAAUGUUCUUUCCUCCAUGAAAAGAAAGAGAAAUCCCCUGUUUCGACUA